ACUAAACCUGCAUUAAAUAUUCAUGGCAAAUGUAAAUGCAUUCAAGAUUAUCAAUUGGAGAUUUGCUCCUCAUUUUCUCCUAAUUUUUGUUCAAAUCAGUUUUUCAUUUCUCUACUUUGUGACAGAAGCUGCCUUCAAGCAUGGAUUGAAUCCCCAUGUCUAUGUAACCUAUCGAUAUAUUUUAGGCAGUCUUAUUGUCAUUCCUUUCGCCUAUUUUCUUGAAAGAAAAGUGAGGCCAAAAAUGACGUUUCUCUUGUUUUUAGAGAUAUUUGUGCUGUCUCUUCUGGGGGCCAGCCUGACGCUUAACAUGUACUUCGCAAGCUUGAAAUACACCUCUCCUACAUUUGUUACAUCACUGACCAACAUCAUUCCUUCCAUGACUUUUCUAUUUGCGAUUAUAUUUAGGUUGGAGGUUGUUGAUGUAAGGAACUUCCGCGGAAUAGCUAAAAUCAUUGGAACCUUAACGUCCUUGGCAGGGGCUUCAAUAGUCACCUUUUACAAGGGACCUCUCAUGCAAAGCUUGCAGGGUGCCCCAAUGCAUAUCAGAAGUAAUCCUGUUCAACAGAACUGGGUGAAAGGUUCAUUUCUACUUGCAGCAAGCUGCUUAACGUGGUCUAUGUGGUUCAUUUUGCAGGUAUAUACAUUGAAAAAGUAUCCUGCACAACUAUCACUGACUGCAUGGAUAAACUUUCUUGGGGGAGCACAAUCAGCUGUCUUCACCUUGUUUAUUCAGCACAAACCCGGGGCAUGGUAUAUCAGUUUUGACAUCAACUUCUGGUGCAUUCUAUAUGCUGGAAUUGUUAUAUGUGCUGUAACAGUUUUUGCUCAACUGUGGUGCACAAAACAGAAAGGACCAGUCUUUGUAACUAUGUUUGCUCCCCUUUCAACAUUACUGGUAGCAUUUCUGGCUUACUUUUUCUUUGGCGAAGAACUGCGAAUGGGAAGCUUGCUGGGAGGAGCCGUUAUUGUUAUUGGACUGUACAUAUUGUUGUUAGGCAAAGAAGGAGAUGGAGACCAGAUUAAGUCAAAAGAUGAAUCAUUUCCAGCUUAUGAUGAGGAGAAGGAUCUUCAGACACAGAUGGAAACUUCUGCGAGAAGAGAAGCAGCGCAGCAGGACUUUGAGAAAUAAACCUACAUUAUGGGAAUGAUAUCAAAGAACAUAUGCUUAGGAAAAAUAAGUGAAUAUGAUAAUAAUAAAAGUUCGUAUGGAGCAACUUACCCAGGUGGACAGAUAUGGAUUUGCAGAAAACUUAUCUCUCCAGGUCUAUGAGGCUGAGGCUCAUGCUUUGUUUGUUAAACUUGCAUUUUUUAUUUGUCAUUAUAUUUUACACAGCAAAAUGGACAAAGAAAAAGAAAGUAUACCAGGACUAUCCUUGGUUGUAAAAUUCAACCCUUGUUUUUGACAAAUUAAGAUGCAAAAUCUUGCCUGGAUAA